CCCCUCUCUCUAACUGCUCCAGAUUCACCUAUACGUAUACUAUAUCUAUAUCUAUACAUCUCUUCUUCAUCUCUACACACACACACGCACACACACAUAUAUAUAAAACUUUCUCGUUUUUAUAUAUAUAAGAUAGAGGGUAUAUAUAUCUAUAUAUCUAUAUAUCUAUAUAUAUAUAAUAAUAAUAAUAUAAGCUUUAAUUCCUGGGUUCUUUGCGAUAGAGAGAAAUGGAAAUGAAUAAUGGUUCUGAAUCGCAGAAGGAGAACAAGACAGAGCAGCAUAAGCCGGCGCCGGCGCCGGCGGUUCCGGUGGCCGCAGCGCAGCAGCCGUGGGUGCCGAUGCAGUACGCGCCGCCCCCGGCGGCGGCCAUGGUAAUGCAGCACCAGUUCAUGCCGGCGCCGCCGCCUUACUCGCCUCAUUACAUGCCGUUCCACGGCGGCCACCACCACCCCAUUUCGCCGACGCAGGUGGCGGCGGCCCAGCCGCCGCCGCCGCUGCUGCAGCGCGGUGGAGGAUCCAACGGUGAGAACAGAACGAUCUGGGUGGGCGACCUCCACCAUUGGAUGGACGAGGAUUAUCUCCGCAACUGCUUUUCUACCACCGGAGAGGUUACCUCGUUAAAGGUCAUUCGAAACAAGCAGACUGGUUUCUCAGAGGGAUACGGUUUCGUGGAGUUCCUUUCGCACGCUGCUGCAGAGAAAGUUCUGCAGUCGUAUGGUUGCAUGGUGAUGCCUAAUACGGAGCAACAUUUCCGUUUGAAUUGGGCCACAUUUAGCAUGGGCGAGAAGCGUGCGAAUAAUGGGUCCGAUCUUUCCAUCUUCGUAGGAGAUUUAGCUGCUGAUGUUACCGACACCUUACUGCUCGAUACAUUCUCUAGUAAAUAUCCCUCUGUUAAAGCGGCUAAAGUAGUCAUCGAUGCCAAUACCGGUCGGUCUAAGGGUUACGGUUUUGUAAGGUUUGGAGACGAUAAUGAGAGGUCACAGGCCAUGACUGAAAUGAAUGGCGUGUAUUGUUCGAGCAGGCCUAUGCGAAUUGGUGCAGCUACUCCACGGAAAUCAUCGGGAUAUCAAAUGCAACACGGUGCACAAGGUGGAUAUGUGAAUGGUUCUCCAGCCCGUGGAUCACAAUCUGAUGGAGAUUCUACUAAUACGACAAUAUUUGUUGGGGGCCUCGACCCAAAUGUUAGCGAUGAAGAUCUGAGGCAGCCUUUCUUACAAUAUGGCGAAGUAGUUUCAGUAAAAAUUCCAGUCGGGAAAGGAUGUGGAUUCGUGCAAUUUGCCAACAGAAAUGAUGCUGAAGAAGCAUUGGAGAAGCUGAAAGGUCUCGUGAUUGGGAAACAGACAGUUCGCCUUUCUUGGGGGCGAAAUCCAGCGAACAGACAGUCGAGAUCUGAUUUCGUGAGCCCGUGGACUGGUCCAUAUUACGGGGGACACUUCUAUGAUGGCUAUGGUUACGCUUUCCAAGUGCCCCAUGACCCGAACAUGUAUGCUGCUGCAACGACGUAUGGCGCUUAUCCAAUGUAUGGGGCCCACCAGCCACAAGUAAGCUGAACGCGGCCUGCACGGGAGCUUCGAAAGGGGACGGGCUAUUGUUCUCCUAUCUUGAUUCAAGAAUCGCGACCACCGGGCAAUGUGAGCAACGGCUUUAGUUAUAUCGAUCUCUACGAAAAAAAAAAAAGGGAGCUGGAACUGAGUUUUGACAUGAACAUCCAUGAGAAGUAGUAGUUCUAUAUCUACUAGCGAAAUCGAAUCCUAUAAUCAAACAUUGACUACUAUGAAGUUUGGACAUUUAUUUUUCAUUUGAAAAUAAAUGAUGAUUUUGAAACUCCAUUUUCAA